ACAACAAAAAUAUUUUAGCUAAUUGGGUUUUAUCUGUUAAAAGAAAAAUGUAAAAGAAACGUUUACUGUUUGUUUAUUGGUCUGUCUUUAUGGUUAUAUGAACGGCGGGUGAUGUUUAGGCUUAGUAUCUCCAAGCGAAAAUCUUCUUUAUAGUUUAUCCUCUCCACUUUCUAUUCAGCACAUUCACAGCGGCUUUGAGCAAUGGCGUCGACAAUAUCUCUGAGUGCUCAGCUGCCAAAUCUCCGAGGAAUUUCUGAUUUGAAGAAACGAAGCAACUUAAAUUUGAUGUCAAAUAUAGUUGGUACACGACUCUCACCUUAUGGUCCUUGGAAAGUUGAAAAAAAUAAUAGAUCUCUUUGCGUUUAUGGUCUAUUUGGAGGAAAAAAGGAUGAGGAGAAGAGUGAUGAUGCACCUUCAAAGGCAGGAAUCUUUGGAAACAUGCAGAAGUUAUAUGAAACUGUGAGGACAGCGCAAAAGGUUGUCCAAGUAGAGGCAGUACGUGUACAAAAAGAACUUGCAGCGGCAGAGUUUGAUGGCUACUGUGAAGGAGAGCUAAUAAAGGUGACAUUAUCCGGGAAUCAGCAACCUAUUCGCACAGAGAUAACGGAGGCUGCAAUGGAAUUAGGACCAGAAAAACUUUCCCUUCUUGUUACUGAAGCUUAUCAGGACGCACAUCAGAAGAGCGUUCAGGCCAUGAAACAAAGAAUGAGUGAUCUUGCCCAGAGCUUAGGCAUGCCCCAGGGACUCAGUGAGGGAUUAAAGUAGACAUUUUAUGUCCGUCGAGCAUCAGUUUUGUGAACACAGCGGCAGCGGGACAACUUAAUUGUAAUCUGACCUCGGCAGCAAAUUCCAUAUUAGUUUUUACUGGUGAACUAAAUGUUUGGGAACGAACCUUGUUCUCCAUCUCUAAAUGUAAAAAAGACAAGCUAUGAUGUUUAUUGUGGUAUCAGAACAAAGAAUCUAAAGAAUGAGAUGAGAACGAGAUUGUCGAA